AUGAGCAGUGUCAGUAAAGGUCUGGAAAAUACCUGUGAGUCAAAGCAACAUGAGGACAACAUUUCCGUCGAGGAAAACCUUUCUCCCAGAGCGCAGAUUAUUCGAAGAAAAUUCAUCAACAUGUUGGAUUCCUGCGAUCUUCUCCCAGAGCGAGAGGAGCACAAACACAGACCACAGCACACCGUCAAAGAUGUGACUGAUCAGGAGAGAUACACCAGUCUGGAGAAUGAAUAUGAUCACUUGGUGAGGUUUGACGUCCGUCGCCAGAAAAAGGACAACAUUACCCUGGAGCAGCGUAGACUGAACCGCAUACUGAACCGCCAUUCCAGAUACCCUCCUCUGAAUAUGUUCGCACACUGGAUCUUAGAGAGUAGUCUGUUUAAAAAUCUCAUGCUUGUCCUUGUCAUUUUGAACGUUAUUAUACUAGCAGUAGAAGCAGAGUUUCAUGACUAUAAGGAUCCAAACGUGGACAACCUCUUUGAGGUUCUGCAACUACUGAACUGGACCAUCCUGGAAAUUUACAUUUUGGAAAUCAUCCUGAAGUGGCUGGACGAUUUCUGGCUGUUUUGGAGAAGUCCGUGGAACGUCUUUGAUUUUGCUGUGACUCUGAUGCCUAUGCUUCCAGCGAUUCUCCCCGAAACCUUCAAAGGAGCGCUCAUACCACAGAAAUUUUUAAAACUUCUCACCCAGUUUCGCAUCCUCCGAUGUUUGAAGAUCGUCUCCAGAUUCCAUAACAUGCGUCUUAUGUUGCAGAUAAUCUACAAAGCAUGUCGGACCGUGAAAAUGAUAUUUCCAGUGUUGUUAAUGAGCUUUUUAGUUUUUGCUGUGUUUGGAGUACUUCUGUUCAGAAAAUACACCAAUUCCAACGUUGAAGGUCUGCUCUACAAGGAUGAUUUCAAAGAUAUAUCCAGUGCAUUCAUCACACUCUUCAGUAUUUUCACCUUUGAGCACUGGCUUGAUUUACUAAAAGACAUUAAGAAAGUUCCAGAGCUAAACCAUCUGCUGUGUGGAUCGUUCAUUAUGGUGUGGCUUGUGUUUGCAGCCUUGAUGUCCUGUGUUUUUAUCACCCUUCUAAUUGAUGACUUUCAGCAGAUUCGUAACAAUCUCUCCAAAGAGGUGGAGCAAUUGAAAAUCCUGCGCAGAGCAGAGAUUUUUAAAGCAAGUAAUAUGGGCGCGAUGAAUCAAACAAACCAACUGAAUGACCACAAACCUGUCCAAGAUGAGGAAAAACACGAAAGCCUAAAUAUUAGUUUGGACCGCCAUACCUCAAAACAUGAGCGAGAGUGGAACAUGGGUCUGGAAGCGUUUAUUCAGGCAGCUGAGCUCGAUGAUGACUGUAAAAUAGAAUGCUGGCGUGAGGACAAUCUAUACAGGUAUUUCGAGCUGAUGGAAAAGCUCCUGCACAACCUUGAGGAGAUGGAACGGCUCCAGAAUAUAUUAGGUAGGUAUGAAUCCAAAGUGUUUUCAUGAUCAGCGACUGCAACAUUAUUAGUGUUUUCAUACAAUCAUACAAUGCUGUAGUGCAAAGUAUUUAACCCUAUUUUAUU